AUGGAGAAUGAUUUCAGUUCCGGUGCCGAUCCCGAAGAAAUCAAAUGUUUUCUUCGUGGUGUCGGCUUAAUAACACUCGAUGAAUAUUAUGCGAAAUCAAAACAAAUGUUAAAACGGCAACGUCAUUCGUCGAAAAUGUCUUACGAACAAACUCAAAGAAAAUUAUUUGAAAAUAAUCUUUUUAAAGAUAAUCUAUCUAAAAACGUACCAUUAUUAUGCCCACGAAAACGAACAGCAUUCUCUCUAGUCAUACCGCGUAAACGAGGUAUUAAAAAAAAAGUAAUUAAAGAAUGCCCACCGACAUCUACGACUCCUACUAUUACGCCGAUCAUUACAGAAUGUGCAGUUUCUCUAACCAAUACCACAAAUACAGUUGAAUAUGAUCAACCAUUAGACUUACGUUUGCAAUCUGAUCGAAUCAGUAAAUGUGAAUAA